GAUCUGUUAAAAAAAAAAAAAAGUAGGUACAAGCUUCCACCUGCCCUACCUUAGUGUAGUCAGAGAGGACGCACUGGACUCGGAAAUUGGAUCUGCUGGACCAGCUCGUUGCAGAUGAAUUGCUAUGCGCCCUCCGAUGGUUAUAUCUGAGUAUUGCAAGUGUUCCCAGGGACAGGCAGAAGAGAUAGAUAGCAUAUUGUUGACAUAAUGUGUGUCAGAAAACUGGGGCCUUUUCAGAAUGUCUGGAGAGGGGGGUGCUUUGUGCCAAAGCCUUUCUAACAAUGUGCAGUCUCAGGACGAGUCCGCCUGCAGCUCUGUGCAGCAGGGGGGUAGUGAGAGGACUGGACCCAGUGCAAAUCACUGGGUGAUUUCAGAGCACGGUCAGUCUCCUCUCCUGAUCUUGGGUGCAGACUUUCCAGACCCGGUGUGUGAGGAUGUUAGUAUGGAAGGGAAGCCUUGAUGUGAGCAAACCUGGCAGGAACAUUGUGAAGGCAUAGCGUCAUGUCAAACCUUUUAUGAAAACGUGUAGAUCUCUAUUACUGUGAGUCUCACCCUCCCUCCCUGGUGUGCCGUUGUGACGUUUCAGGAGGCUGUGACCUUCGAUGAUGUGUUUGUCAACUUCACCCUGGAGGAGUGGGCUCUGCUGGAUGCAGCCCAGCAGCAGCUGUACAGAGACGUGAUGGUGGAGACCUUCCGGAACCUGGCCUCCAUACAAAAAGAACGGGAAGACCAGACUGUUGAAGAGGUGUGUAAAAGUCCCAAGAGAUAUCUAAGGUUGAACAACCAUAAUCAGCAUAUCAAAAAUCCAAAAUGUUUUAACAUUGGAAACAUCUGGGCCUCCAGUUUCUUGCCACAAACAACGAUUUCUGAUGCUUUAAGGGUUCAAGAUUUAUGGAGAUUCUGUGGACAUAAAGAAGCUCUUCAAAGUGGAGAAAUCUUCCACAGUACUCUAGAUUCUGUUCUAAACAUUAAAACCCCCGCUGGAGUGGAAGCAGGCGUCUUUGACAUCUUCCUCAGGCAUUCGUCCCUGAGUAUGGCCUUCAGAACUUACUCUGACUCCAAACUCUAUGAGUAUCGGGAAUUUGAAGAGAAGCCGUGUAAAUGUACUGCGUGUGGGAGAGCCUUCAGCGACCCCCAGUGCUUCCAGAACGCUGACAGCACCAACGCAGGAGUGAGAACCCACGAGUGUCAGCAGUGUGGGAAUGUCUUCAGUCAUCCCACUUCCCGUAGGAUACACAGACGAACUCACACGGGAGAGAAACCUUAUGUGUGUCAGCAAUGUGGGAAGGCUUUUAGUUCUUCCAGUUACAUUAAAAUCCAUGAAAGGACGCACACUGGGGAGAAGCCUUACGUGUGUCAGCAGUGUGGGAAGGCCUUCAGCUAUCCAGGUUAUGUUAAGAUACACGAAAGGACUCACACUGGAGAGAAGCCCCAUGUCUGUAAGCAGUGUGGAAAAGCCUUCUUUACUUUGAGUGAUGUUCGAAAGCACGAACGAACUCACAGUGGCGAGAAACCUUUUCUGUGUAAGGAAUGUGGGAAAGCUUUCAUUGAUUCAAGUUCCUUGCACAAACAUAAAAUAACUCACACUGAAGAGAAGCCCUAUGUAUGUAGACAGUGUGGAAAAGCCUUCAGGUCUUGUGGUUACAUGACCAUACAUGAGAGGACUCACACUGGAGAGAAGCCUUACGUCUGUAAUCAGUGUGGGAAAGCAUUCGGGCAAUCCAGUCACUGUCUCAUCCACGAGAGAACUCACACUGGAGAGAAGCCCUAUGUGUGUAAGCAGUGUGGGAAAGCCUUCUUUACUCUCAGUGGUCGUCGGAAACACGAGCGAACUCACAAUGAAGAGAAACCCUUCCUCUGUACUGAAUGUGGAGAAGCCUUCAGUGAUUCCAGUUCCUUACACACACAUGAAAUAACACACUGGAAAGAACCUCUUUCUCCAUAAGCAAUAUAAGAAAGGUAGUUUGAGCAGACUCGGUGGAGAAAAGCCUCUAUGUAAGGAAUGUGGGAAUACCUUUGAUGAUUCUGAUUCUUUGCACAAAUAUAAAAUGACGCACACUGGAAGGAAACCAUGAUGGCAAACAAUGUUGAUCAAGAGCCUUUUUGUUGGGUGAUGCUCAAAGACAUUAUGAACUCACAGGGUAGAGAAAUCCCUUGUACGUGAGCAGUGUAGAACAGCUACGAGCUAUUCCACUUGUAUUCAAAUAUAUAAAGGGGGUCACAGUAGGCAGAGACUGUAUUCAAAAUGUAGCAGUGCCUGAGGACAUACAUCAUGGAGAAAAUAACCUACAAGCGUGAGCAAUGUGAAAGUCUUCAUUUCUCAAAUGACAUAAGACAUGAACAAACCCACUGGGCAGAAAUGCCUUGUGUGGUCUGAUUUAGGGUGAAACGUCUUCCACUGACUUCAUCCCCAGCGGGUGCUGCUAUGUUAGGUGAGGGUGGUGGAGAUUGACUGUUGAAGGUUUUGCCUCGCCUCGCCUCUGCUCCUCCUCUCUUCUCUCCCUUUCCUCUGUGAGUCUGUAGCCUCAGCCUCAGUCUCCAGCUCCGUAACAUUCUGCCCCUUUAGGGUCCACAAUCAAUAAUGCCAGACUGUAGCGGAAAUCUGGACCUUUGUGCUAGGUGGUGGGAUUUAGAAUUUCAAGAUUAGCAUGCGCUAAUCUUAGUUGGGAGUCCUUCUGGGGUGCAUAAGAGGCCUCAUCUAAAAAAAGUCAGACAUGAUAAAUGAAUAAAUCCUUUUAUUU